AUGGAUUGGAUAGUGACAACACCAAAUAUUUUAGCUGAAGAAUGGCUACAAAUUCUGGAUAAUUCAACUGAAGAUUGUCGUUACAUUUGGAGAACUGCUUCACCCAACGCAAUGUUUGUUGAUAGUAUUUCAAUAACAUAUAAAGGAAAAGCAACUACAUUAAAUCAAUUAAUAACAUACAAACAAAGUUUAGCAACUAAAUUGCACAAAGUUGAUAGAGUACAUACUUAUAAUGCAUUCUUUAUUGCUCAUCUUCAUCAUUGA